AUGUUUCAAGUGUGCGCGUUAUGUCUGUUUAUUAUCACCACAAGAAAGUUUCAAUUUAUUAUGAACAACGAAACAACGAAACAACAAACACACCAAAAACAACCACAAAGGGCACCAAGGCAGACCGCUAUGACAGCGCUCGACGACCACACGACCCUUAUCCCCACAAAGGAUUAUGCCCGCUACCGCUACUUCGCAGUCGAGUCCACACUCUCCGUCGCUGAACUGCUGGAAAGACAUCCCGACUGGACUUACGAACAUCCAGUGAGAGCACUCCCGGAUCACUACGUCUUUUCGCAACCAUUGUCAUCCACUUUGCAAAGACGCUCACUACCAUUGGACCCACUUCCCAACCACAUUGCUUCCCUCCAGGAUCUAACUCCACAACGAGACCAUAUUGUCAAGAGAGCACCCGUCCCCAUCAUAGACUCAUCCAUGGAACCCAUCGUACAGGCGCAAAAGCAACUUCACAUCAGUGAUCCUUCGUUUCCCAAGCAAUGGCACCUUAUUAAUGCUGCAUUUCCCGGAAACGACGUUAACGUGAAACAAUUAUGGUACGAGAAUGUCACGGGAACAGGAAUCGUCGCCGCCAUUGUCGAUGAUGGUGUUGAUUACGAUAACGAUAAUAUCAAGGACAACUUCUCUCGUGAGGGGUCAUGGGAUUUCAACGAUAAUGGGCCCCUACCGAAACCAAAAUUGAAAGAUGAUUACCAUGGAACAAGAUGUGCUGGUGAAAUCGCCGCAAGUAAAAAUAAUGGUAUAUGUGGUGUUGGUGUCGCUUAUGAUGCUAAAGUCGCCGGAAUUAGAAUUCUUUCGGGGGAACUCACCGCAGAGGAUGAAGCUGCUUCAUUGGUACAUGCUUUAGACGUUAAUGAUAUUUAUUCUUGUUCUUGGGGGCCAAGAGAUGAUGGAACCCAUUUGCAAGGACCAACAGAUUUAGUGAAGAAGGCAAUGAUUAGAGGUGUCACGGAGGGAAGAGACCAAAAAGGGGCAUUGUAUGUGUUUGCAAGUGGUAAUGGUGGGGCCUACGGUGAUAAUUGUAAUUAUGACGGAUAUACCAAUUCCAUUUACUCCAUCACAGUGGGGGCCAUCGAUCACAAGGGUUUACAUCCACCAUAUUCGGAAAGUUGUUCCGCCGUGAUGGUCGUUACUUGUUCUUCAGGAUCAGGUGAAUUCAUACAUACGACAGAUAUUGGUGACAAAUGUAGUAAUACUCAUGGUGGCACAUCUGCUGCAGCUCCUUUGGCUGCUGGUGUAUAUACACUUGUCCUACAGGCAAACCCAGAACUAACUUGGAGAGACAUUCAAUAUGUUUCCAUCCUAUCAUCAAAGCAAAUUAACCAAAGUGAUGGAGAUUGGCAAAUGGGGGCUUUGGGUAAACCAUAUUCUCAUAAAUACGGGUACGGUAAGAUGGAUGCAUAUGAUAUGGUCACCAUGGCUCGCGAUUGGGAAAAUGUGAAACCACAAUCGUGGUUCUAUUCCUCCGAGGAAUCAGUAUUGAAAUCAACAAAGAUUAGUGAAGACAUACUAGAAUCUACCAUCAAGAUCGAUGAAGAUCAAUUAAAGAAGGCAAAUUUACAAAGAGUGGAGCAUGUUACAGUGACCGUGAACAUUGAUACACAAAUUAGAGGUCCCACCAUCAUUGACCUUAUCUCCCCUGAGGGAAGAAUAUCCAAUUUGGGGGUAGUAAGGAAAAGAGACGUAUCCUCCGACGGGUUCAAGGACUGGACUUUUAUGUCAGUGGCACAUUGGGGAGAAACUGGUAUCGGAGAAUGGAAGUUACAAGUAAGAACCACACAGGAUGAUAAUGAAAUUAAAUUCAAUAAUUGGAAAUUAAAAUUCUUUGGUGAAUCCAUCGAUCCAGAAAAGACUAUCCCUUUCAAAUUUGGUAAUGACAAACCGGAUGCUACACCCAUUCAAGAUAUUUCAUCACCAGUAUCAUCUACCUCAUCUAUAUCUUCAUCAUCGAUACCGCCCUCUGUAACGGUAGACCCAACCACAAUACUGGAAAUACCAAGUGCAACGGGAACAAUAGACCCUGACUUGGAUCAUAAUACUCCUAAUAGAUUACCUUCCCCAACAGAAGCAUUCCAUUACGUCAUAUCUGUUUUCAUAAUAGGUGUUAUCUUUUUAAUACUAUAUUUCCUCUUCUUUGUCAAAUCAAGAAGAAGGAUAAGAAGAACCAGAGCAGAGGCAUACGAAUUUGACAUAAUUGACUCAGACUCAGAUUACGAUUCCACAUUCGAUGGAAGUCUGGCAUCAAAUCAUGCUACCAAUGAUACAGCGGUAAACAUGGACGAUUUUGACUUUGAUUUAUCAGACGAGGACAAUCUGUCCUCAGAUCAUGGUAGUGGACAAGAUGACCCACACAUUGAUGGAUUAUUACACGAUAUGCAAGUCAACCCAUUCCAAGAAACAGAACAAGACAACAACGCUGAUGAACCAGAUCUAAUGGGUGCAACUCCGCCACCACCAGAGACGACGGAGGACACCACUAAGUAA